GUCUUGAACAUAUAAACAAACUUAUGCUGUGUUAUUUUAGCCUGAAGACGAGGCAGCUACAGACGCAGCCCUUACGCGCCUGUUCGCCGAGAUUCUCGCAUCGCCGCCGACUGGUACUUGCGCUCUUCCAGGCACUGGCCCAUCGGCAGAAGACGCGACCAGCACGGAGGUGCUGAGUGAGACCUCUCCCACAGAGGAGCUCGGCUUAGGGCUGGUCACGAGUGGGAUCGACACAGCUGACUGGGCGGAACAAGUUCGUGUAGAGAUGGGGAUAGAAAGGCUGCUGGAGAUGCUGCCGAGUAUGCAGGACGCCGCUAUUGACUCGAGCGUUACCCUCGAUGUUGAUAUGGACUUCUCGAAUGCGCUGGUCUGGGACGAGGUCAGCGCAUAUUAAUAUGCUGAGCCUCUCUAGACCUCGAGUUAUUAAGCGCUCAACGAAAAUCAUCGGUCUCCGCGACUCGGUUCUGUUAUAUGUAUCGUCAUUAUCGCCUUUCGCAUCCAUCUCAUCACUCAUCGGACUCGCCAUCAUCAUAUUCGUUCUCAGUAGAAGCUGUCUAUGUGUUCUAUCUAUCUCCUACUCUAUCUUGCUUUAUUUCGGUCUCCUCCUGGUCUCCUCUGGUCUCCAUUUUUUAUUUGGCAUCAAUCCCUUUUGUUACCCGUCCACCCUUACCUAUACCUACGCACCUACAUCCGACCCCCUUCUAUUCCGCCCCUCUCCCCCGCAAGUUCCUAUCUGUCUCCGGCUCCUCUUCCUCGAUGCUGUCUCCCGCCACAUGUCUCUCUCGUUUCUCCCCUAAGGGGUUGAUGAAAUAGAGUGAGCUUGUGUGUGGUGAGCGCUUGAGCGUAGUUGUGGUUCG